AUGAACUACUUUGGCUCUCAGUGCCUCACACUUUAUUACACUGAUGAUGAACGUGUGCGAAAAGUUACCCAGUUCAUCAAAUUAGGAGUAUGCAUACUUAAGUCAUCUGGAAAUAAGAAUACUUCCAAGCUCUGUGCUAGACUCUCCCAGCUGCUGGGCGACUCCCCGCAGUGCCUGCCCCGCGGCAGGAAGCUUUCCCUCGCCUUCUGCCAGCAGCUGGUGCGCAGCAUCGCCCACUUCCAGAGCCAGGGCAGCCGGGAGGCCGAGCUGCGCCUCUACGUCUCGCAGGUGACGCAGGUCAGCGGGCUGCUGCGGAGCGUAUGGAAGGCCGAGCCCGACACCCUGUUGCCCUCCCUGCAGGAGCUCUUCGCCGUCAUCUCCUCCGCCGAUACUUCAUUUGAACCUUCUGUUGCAUUGGCAAGCCUUGUGCAGCACAUACCAUUACAGAUGAUUACAGUACUCAUCAGGAGCCUUACUACAGAUCCAAAUGUGAAAGAUGCAAGUAUGACUCAAGCUCUGUGCAGAAUGAUUGAUUGGUUGUCCUGGCCUCUGGCUCAGCAUGUGGAAACAUGGGUGAUUGCACUGCUGAAAGGGCUGGCUGCAGUCCAGAAGUUUACCAUCCUCAUUGAUGUGACACUGCUCAAGAUUGAAUUGGUCUUUAAUCGACUUUGGUUUCCUCUAGUGAGGCCUGGUGCCCUUGCUGUCCUUUCCCACAUGUUACUUAGUUUUCAGCAUUCUCCAGAAGCCUUUCAUUUGAUUGUCCCACAUGUGGUUGCUUUGGUUCAUUCCUUCAAAAGAGAUGGCUUACCUUCCAGUACAGCCUUUUUGAUGCAGUUGACUGAGUUGAUACACUGUAUGAUAUAUCAUUACUCAGGAUUUCCAGAGCUCUAUGAACCCAUUCUGGAAGCUGUUAAGGAUAUGCCCAAACCCUCCGAAGAGAAGAUGAAAUUGAUUCUCAGUCAGAGUGCUUGGACUUCUCAAUCCAGUUCUUUGCCAUCUUGUUCAUCUAGACUUUCUGGAAAAUCUGAAACUGGGAAGACAGGUCUAAUUAAUCUAGGAAAUACUUGCUACAUGAACAGUGUUAUUCAAGCACUUUUCAUGGCUACAGAUUUCAGAAGACAUGUUUUAUCUCUGAAUUUAAAUGGAUGUAAUUCACUAAUGAGAAAAUUACAGCAUCUUUUUGCUUUUUUGGCCCAUACCCAGAGGGAGGCAUAUGCUCCUAGAAUUUUCUUUGAGGCUUCCAGACCACCAUGGUUCACCCCUCGAUCCCAGCAGGAUUGCUCAGAAUAUCUCAGAUUCCUGCUAGACAGGCUGCAUGAAGAAGAGAGAACCUUGAAAGCAUUGUCUUCAGCAAAGACUUCUCAAAGUAUAAUGAGUGAAGAAUCCCAGACACAAGAAGCUGUCCAUAAAGCACAAGUAUUUGCUGAAGCACCUUGCAUGGGAAGUGAAGAAAGAACUCUGAUAGAGAAGAUGUUUGGAGGAAAAUUGAAGACAACUAUAUGCUGUUUGAACUGCAGAAGUAUGUCUCAGAAGGAAGAAGCUUUCACAGAUCUCUCUCUGGCUUUCUGUCCUCCAACAUUUUUGGAGAGUGUUAGCCCAAAAUAUAGGGAACAUUCUGAAGUGAAAGAUGAUUACAUGGUGCCAGCUAAUACUUCAUCCAGUAAUUUGGAAGUACAUGGUGGAUGUGACACAGUAAUGAAUGAAGGAACCAUAAAGGAUUUUUCUACUGAGCCAAACUCUGACAGUACCACAAAUUCUGAACUCAACAAAGUUCAAGAUAAUAGGGAUAUGUCUCAGAGGCUUGUAGGUAAAACCCCCCUGUCAGUCACAGACUUACUGAAUUAUUUCCUGGCACCUGAGAUCCUGAGUGGAGACAAUAAGUAUUAUUGUGAAAAGUGUGCCUCUCUACAGAAUGCUGAGAAAACUAUGCAAAUAAUUGAGGAACCUGAAUACCUCAUUCUCACUCUUUUGAGAUUUUCUUAUGAUCCAAAGUGUCAUAUAAGGCGCAAAAUCUUGGACAAUGUGUCUCUGCCUCUUGUUUUGAAACUGCCAGUCAAACGAGCAGCAUGCUCUCGAGCUAUAGUUUCAGGAGAUUGUUCUGUUGGUGUUGAGAUUUCUGAUACUGGAGAAAAUCUUGCUAAAAAACUGAAGCCCUCAGGUGCUGAUGAAGUGACCUGCCCACAAUUGGUGCCCUAUGUGUUAAGCUCUGUCGUGGUGCACUCUGGUGUAUCCUCUGAAAGUGGACAUUAUUAUUCAUAUGCUAGAAAUGUUACUGGGUCAGAGCCUUCAGGUGUCUGCCACCAGUCUGCAGCUCUUUCUUUAGUUUCUCCUCAAGAUAAAUUGUUGACAGAGGAGAAUCCUUGUACUGUUGUAGAAAGUGAGCUGGACACUGAGAUGCCAAAAGAAUGGUUUCUCUUCAAUGACAGCAGAGUGACAUUUACCUCAUUUCAGUCAGUCCAGAAAAUUACCAGUAGAUUUCCAAAGGACACUGCUUAUGUUCUGUUUUACAAAAAACAAAAUAGUACCUGUUGCUUCAACACCAGUUCGGCAAAUGGACUCUGGGUAAAUGGAGACCCUCCUCUACAAAAAGAUCUCAUGGAUGCAAUUACGAAAGAUAACAAACUGUACCUGCAGGAGCAAGAGCUUAGUGCUCGAACACAAGCACUUCAAGCUGCCUCAGCCUCAUGCUCUUUCCGACCCAAUGGAUUUGAUGACAAUGAUCCCCCUGGAAGUUGUGGACCGACAGGAGGAGGAGGAGGGGGUGGGUUCAGUACCAUUGGUAGAUUAGUCUUUUGACCAAGAAGACAACCUGGAAUACACUGGUUCCAAAGCAGCCCAGUACUGCUGAGGACAGCUAAAAUACUGAACUUUGACAGAUAUUGUAUCAACUUCUGAGACUUGAUCUUUGUUCAAAAGCAAAUGUUGGGGCUUUUUUGGUUAUGUUUUAUUUGAAAUAAAUAAGCGCAUAAUGGAAAAAA